AUGACAUCGAGAUCAUAUUCCGGCGAGGUUCGUGGAAGGCGAAUGGGGAGUUCGCCCAAACAGACGUGCACCGGCAGAUUGCUAUCGUGUUCAAGACGCCACCGUACCAGGACCAGAACCUCACGGAGGAGGUGGAGGUCAGCGUCGCACUGCGUCGCAUCUCAGACCAGAUGGAGAGCGAGUCAGUGACCUUUAUGUACCUGCCACCCAACCCAGAUCCAUAUGAAGUGAAGAGGAAGUGCAGAAUAAAGCCAGACAUCAAUUUCAGAGAGAAGCCGUGUUUAACAGAGUGUGCACCUGCAGCAGAGCAGCCCUUCCACUUCCCACAGCCUCACACCGCAAUGCCUCCAGACAAGUGGCCUUUGACCAGCGGCCAGCCUGCGGCCUCUGCUGUCGGGGCGGGGUGUUAUAACGUGCCCCAGGACUCAAACAACUGCACCGAUGAGGCAGUCUUGCUUAAUCAGUUGCUAGAAAUACCUGCGUUAUGGGACAUGUUUGACAUUGAGGAAGAGCCUGACGGAAGCUCCACAUUUCCCAACAUGGACGUGAACUUUAACCAGAACUUUGGCUCGUACACUCAGGACUUUUCCCAGUACAGUGACCUGCAGUUCAACAUGCUGGUCAAUGAGAACCAGAGUCUGCAGUCAGAGCCACAGGACGGCAUCGCUAGCGCGGUUCAGGUGAAGAAAGAAGAGGCGCUAUGAGGCUGGGACCAUGUAGCGCCAUCAACGUAUUCUGUGCCCUUUAAAGGAAUAUUUCUUUUUGGGCAAAUGUGCUGAUUCUCUUUCAUGCCAAGUGUAGAGGUACACAGUUAGCUUAGCUAGGCUCUGUUCAAAUCAGCACCUAUAAAGCUCUUUAAUGAAGACAUAACUCUGCAAGAAAUUAAGUUAAAUGCACCUCUCAAAAUGAAAACCUACUUUUUUAACCUUUCGAAUUUAGAGAAUAGACUGUAAAUAAAGAUGGACGACGCAUCUCCACUUCAUCCCAGAAAUUAAGCUGAAAUAUCCCAUACACGAAUGCUGCCAUCUUGCUCAGUAGUGAUUUGGGGAUGGAGCCACGGUAACAAUAUCCUGGGUCAAAAGUCAGACUACAACCAAAUUAUUAUGGUUUCAGACUAUGGCGUUUUCAAAUCAAAGUGAUUUCCACCCACACUAGUGUUUUGCUUUGGAUGGCUUACUACUACGUGCACUUUGGCUUUUCAGAUGUCCCAUCCACUAACUAUGGAGGGGGCGGGUUUAUGACUACAGCAGCCAGCCGCCAAAUGGUGAUCAAGACGUCACGUUGUCCAUCUUUAUAAACAGCCUGUGAUUUAGAGCCAGAAAAGGGUGGUCAUGUGGUCCAAAUCCAAGACGUAGCACAAUGCCUCACUUGCUGUAGCUGCUUGCACUCUGUUAUGUGUCUGUAGAGUAAUUUAGUUUGAACUCAAUCUCCCCCUUCAUCUUAAUCGUUCCAUGAGAGCCUUGCUGGUCAAGGCUUUAAUCAUCAGGAGCAGCUUAACAUUGUUGAAUAUUUGUCCAUAAAUGCUGCAACCACUGACGUAAGGUAUUCUCACAGUACAAGUGGAGCUGAAAAAGAAAACUAACAAACUUCCCUCUUAAAAAUCAGGGAUCAGUUUUGUUUACUCAAACACAAGCCAACGUCUUACAUGAUGUUUGAAAGGAUUUUUAUUUUAACUGUACUUUUAUAAAAAAUUUUAAAAAACUUUUAUUUAUUUGAAACGGACAGUGUGCAUUAAUUAAUAAGAGCACAAUGGUUCAUAUGUACCAGAGCUAGAGACUUUUUUUCAUCUGAAUUCCCCAGGAGGUUACAAACAACAUACUUGCAAACACACACACACACACAUAUAUAUACACAAUUCUCGAUAACAAGACUAUUCCAGAUGAUGACUUAUCUGAGUAUUCAGUCACCAUUGUUUUACAGAAUUUGAAAAUGAGUUGAAAGUUGUGAUGUUUCUUAAUUCUAUGGGUACAGUGUUCCAGGUAAGGAAAAGCUGAUUGUGAAAAAGUACUUUUUCUAACAACAAGUCUCAAGUUCUCUCACAAUAUUCUUGUGUUUGUUACAGAUUUAAUCCUCCUAAAAAAAUGCUAGAAACCAGUUCUUGUUUCCAUAGUUCUGUCUGUGUUGUUUUAUCUUAUUCUGCAGUUUCACUCUCAUGCUAUUUCAAAUUUCCACUCGCACCUUGUCGCGUGUCCAUCUCUGCCCCCUCUCGCUGUAGCACUUCAUUGUAAAUAUCUCGAAGAAAAAAAUAAAG